UUCCAGUCUGAAUCUGCGCUGGCACAGAGCUAGGAGCUGGGAGAGAGCGAGUGUGCUACCCAGAGGGAUGUAACCGAAUGAGAGAGGCUCCAACAGGCAGAGAGAGGAGAGACAGAGAGAGCAAGAGGCAGGGGAAGAGGAGGAAGAAGAAAAAAAGAAGCAGAAUGAAGAGGGCACCAUCGGAAGGAUUGCUUUUCCAGGGAACAUCUAGAAGUGGAGAGCUCUAAGAUAUGAUCCAGCCAGAUCUCACAGUGGGUUAAUAGUACUAUGAUUUGGUAUGUGGCCACUUUGCUAGCGGGUGUAAUCAGCACUGGAGGAUCGGCAGCUCAAGGUGCCCACAGUGUAAGGGAGGAGCCUCAGUUUGUGACUGCCCGUGCUGGUGACAGCGUGAUUCUGGGAUGUGAUGUGGUGCACCCAGUGACAGGACAACAACCCCCUUAUGUGGUAGAGUGGUUUAAGUUUGGAGUUCCCAUCCCGAUAUUCAUCAAAUUUGGCUUCUAUCCUCCUCAUGUGGACCCUGAAUAUGCAGGCCGUGCCAGUCUGUAUGACAAAGCUUCUUUGCGAAUUGACCAGCUCCGCUCAGAGGACCAAGGAUGGUAUGAAUGCAAAGUGCUCAUGUUGGAUCAGCAAUAUGACACAUUUCAUAAUGGCAGCUGGGUGUAUGUCACAGUAAAUGCUCCCCCUACUUUCACGGAAACUCCUUCACCCUAUGUGGAAGCAAAGGAAGGAAGUAGCAUCACUCUCACAUGCACAGCAUUCGGAAACCCGAAACCUGUUGUUAGCUGGCUGCGGGACAAAGUAUUGCUGGAGAACUCUCGGAAAUACACGGUGAGCGAUGGAAGUCUUACCAUUUCAUCGGUGGGCCGGAAUGACAGAGGGCCCUAUACGUGUCGGGCCUACAGUAUUCAGGGAGAAGCUGUUCACACCACUCGAUUAUUGGUUCAAGGGCCACCCUUCAUCAUCUCUCCGCCUGAAAAUAUCACAGUAAAUAUAUCCCAAGAUGCUCUCUUCACCUGUCAGGCAGAAGCUUAUCCUGGCAACUUGACGUACACUUGGUUCUGGGAGGAAGAGAACGUCUUCUUCAAAAACGAUCUGAAGCUGAGGGUACGAAUUUUAAUUGAUGGAACUUUGAUCAUCUUCCGAGUCAAGCCUGAGGAUGCUGGAAAAUACACCUGUGUACCUAGUAACAGCCUUGGGCGUUCUCCUUCAGCCUCGUCCUACUUAACAGUCCAGUAUCCGGCACGAGUUGUCAACAUGCCUCCCAUCAUUUACCUGCCAGUUGGGAUGCCUGGAUAUAUCAAGUGCCCAGUGGAUGCAGAUCCGCCAGCAACACAAGUCAAGUGGACCAAAGAUGGACGACCACUACGGAUUGAAAAGUUUCAAGGUUGGAAUUUGCUAAGUGAUGGGACCAUUACACUGGAAGAAGCUACAGAAGAAGCUCUUGGCACUUACGCCUGUGUGCCUUACAAUACUCUAGGUACUAUGGGACAGUCUACCCCUGCUCGACUGGUGCUUAAGGAUCCUCCUUACUUUACGGUGCUACCAGGCUGGGAGUAUCGGCAGGAAGUAGGCCGAGAACUGGUCAUUCCAUGUGCUGCUGCAGGUGAUCCAUUCCCAAUAAUCUCCUGGAGGAAGGUAGGAAAGCCCAGUAAAAGCAAGCACAACAUCCUUCCAAGCGGCAGCUUGCAAUUCAAAGCACUCAGCAAAGAAGACCAUGGACAAUGGGAAUGUGUCGCCACUAAUGUUGUCACAAGCAUCACUGCCAGCACACAUCUGACUGUAAUCGGCACAAGUCCACAUGCUCCAACCAAUAUUAGAGUCACAGCCACGAUGACCUCUGCUAAUGCCUCCUGGGACCCAGGUUAUGAUGGUGGAUAUGAGCAGACAUUCACAGUCUGGGUAAAGAGGGCUAUGCUGGGACCCCAUGACUGGUUAUCGCUGCCUGUAUCCACAGGCCUUACCUGGCUGCUGGUGGAGGGCCUGGAGCCUGAGACCGCAUACCAGUUCAGUGUGCUAGCACAGAACAAACUGGGCACUGGGCCCUUCAGUGAAGUCAUCACUGUGAACACACUGGCGUUUCCUGUUACGACCCGAGAACCACUGGUGCUGCUUUCUCCACCAAGGUGCCUAACAGCCAAUCGAACACACCAAGGAGUGUUACUGUCUUGGCUCUCACCGGCCAACCACAGCUAUCCUAUCGAUCAUUAUAUCAUGGAAUUCCGUCUGGGAGAAAGGUGGGAGAUUCUAGAUGAAGCAAUACCAGGGACUGAAACUGAACUGUUAACCAAGGAGUUAUCUCUGGACUCCUGGUAUGAAUUUCGUGUAAUGGCUGUCAUGCAGGACCUGAUCAGUGAGCCAAGUAAUGUAGUCGGGGUUUCUAGUUCAGAUAUCUUUCCACCACCUGAAGUGCCCGAGGAAGGCCUGGCCCGUCCAGUUGUGGCUGGGAUUGUCGCCACUAUCUGCUUCUUAGCGGCAGCUAUUUUAUUCAGUACCUUGGCUGCUUGCUUUGUUAACAGGCAGCGGAAGCGGAAGAAUAAGAGAAAGAGGGAUCCUCCGCUGUCUAUAACACACUGCCGAAAGAGUGUGGAAUCACCAUCUUCCUCAGGAAAGGUGAGUCCUGAAAGCAUCAGAACACUGCGAGCUCCAUCAGACUCCUCUGAAGAUGCCCAAGCCAUACAUGCCAAGAUGAUGAGUCCUGGCAGAGAAAGGGAAAUGUCCCUGUACAAAAAGACAAAGCGAGCAAUAACCAGCAGGAAAUACAGUGUCUCCAAGCAUGAGGCUGAGGCUGAUGUAUCUACACCCAUCGAACUUAUCAGCAGAGGCCCUGAUGGACGCUUCAUCAUGGAUCCCACAGAGAUGGAGACAUCAUUGAAGACGAGGAGGAUUGAGGGCUUUCCUUUUGCAGAAGAGACUGACACCUACCCUGAGUUCCGGCAAUCGGAUGAAGAAAACAAUGAGACUCUAACUCCAACUGCCAUAAUGGGCUUGAAGUCUCAGCUCUCCCCUCUCUCAUCAAGUCAAGAGUCAUACUUACAGCCACCAGCAUAUAGCCCAUCAUUCCAGAAAACAGACGAAAGCAUGGGAGGCUUAGAUGCAAGGCUGCAGGCCACUGGUCAGAUCAGGCGACCUGCUAAAGGUUAUCCUCCAAGCCAGUUUUAUGGUUAUCUCAGCAGUAGCUCUGCAGAUCAAGACAGUCAGCCAUUUUACAUGCCAGAUAUCAGUCCCCUUAGUUCAGUGAUGUCUUCACCUCUAUUACUUACUGAAGGACCCUUUGGUCACCCCACCCUCCCUGCAGAUCAAGGAGAUACUGAAAUACAGCAAUUGGUUGCUUCCAGUAGCACUCUGCCUUUGACUCACACGCCAACUACUAUGCGGUCUCCUGAACCAUGGAGAAGGAAGGAAUUGUCAAUCAGCAGCAUUGAAAGCUCUCCAGUUAUCUUUUCACACCAACAAGAUACACCUGAGAGUACACUGCCAAAGGCUGGUCUUCCAAGGGGUGGCCCCCCUUCCUCACUCCAGGUCCCAGCACCAUACCACAGUGUGCUGCAACUGGAGGCACCAAAGAGUCGGACUGGCAAACCUCCCAGCAAAACAAGCGGAUCAGUCUCCCUCUCUCAACAACAUCCACAUCAACCUAUGCAACAGAGUCAUGGGCAGCUAAAGCAUACCAGCCAUGGUAUAAGUGCACCUACAUUGCCUUACACUGAAUCAGCCAAACAGGCUGGUCCUAGUGGCACAAGCACAUUCAGCCUGGACACCAGGUGGUACGAACCUAGACCCAGGCCCAGACCCAGCCCUAGACAAGGCAGAAGGACUGAGGCCAGUUUACACCAGGUGGUUCUACAGCCUUCCCGGCUCUCCCCUUUGACUCAGAGUCCUAUGAGUUCCCAUCAUGCCUCCCCAGAGAUUUCAUCCCGUCCACGGCCUCGGCCCAGUUUGCAGCCCUCCCGUGGCAUCUUUCCUGCAGGUAUCUCUAUGGAGAUGUCUGAAAUUACCCUGCAGCCUCCUGCUGUUGUUAGCUUAUCCAGAAGGUCCUCUCCGUCCUCCUCACCAGCACAAAGCAGCACUGCUGGCCAGGGCAGCAGACGAGGAAGCCCCAGUUAUAGACCUCACAUGGCACUGACACCUUCUACAGGCAGCUACACAGGAUCACCUUCUCCUGCAGCAGAACGCAGCGAGUUUUAUAGUCAGAUCCCUAGCCAAAGGAGGAGAGGUGAAGAAAUUCCUCCUUUUGAACACCCACCUUCACACUUAUCUACUUCAGGGAGGCCUCCAGAUACACAUGGUGCGGCUGCUGUACCUGAGAGUUUCGAAGUACUGAGAUACCCACGAGUGCGAAAGCCCAAGAAAGCACUGCAGCUCACUUCAAAGGCACGACAAAAAAACAGUUUUCCAAUCUCACAGGUCCAGCAGCCCGGUGAAUCUCAGGUUCUCCAGCCCCAAGGCAUUGUCUACCUCCAGAAGAAGAAGAGACACUCCCGUCAGGACCCUUAUGCUUAUUUUUCUGCCAUGAAAGAAGAGUUUCACAAGUACAGACACCAGCCUGAGGACGAAAUGGCCAUUCUAGAUCACGUAGAUCAUGAAGAACACCAGGGGCAGGCAACACAGCUCUAGUUAUAAUUAUUAGUUGUGACAAGAUACUUGACAAGAUUUGUAAAUCUGUGUACAGAAUGUGUUUCCUGCUCUAAAAGGUCAAGUACAGACUCUGUGGUAGAAAUUAGCUUUGUGGUCUCAGUUGUGCAAACAGCAGUGCUACAGUGCUAUAUUCUUAGCUACCUACCCCACAACUAAAA